AUGAGUGUUGUAUGCGCCAGCAUCGCGGAGCCAGCCUGGAAGGUGUCCCAGAUCUCAACCAGUACCUGCGAUGGAGAGGAGGUUGAGGGGUCGAUGGGACGCGCGAUUACGGGCUCUACCGACUGCAGCGAGGAUUCCACAAGCAGGCAUCAGCGGCUUUGGGCUCGUGCGCUGGACUCUCGCUGGAAGCUGUCUCGCACAGACUUCAAGGUGAAGAAGGAGCUUAGCAGAACUCUGAAAAGCACAUUGUACCAAGCAUCCUGGCAAGGUGUCGAUGUGGUGGUCAAGUGCGCUGGUUUGCAUGAUGAUGACAUGGCCAGACAGCUUCGAUCCAAUGACAGGGCCAUCUCAGACGAGCUCUUGCACGAGAUCGAUCUCCUGUCGUCGCUUCGACAUCCUGAUCUUGUCAUGUUCCUUGGGGCUUGCAUCGAGCCGCACAUGCCGAUCAUGUGCGUGACGGAGUUCUUGCCGGGUGGUGACUUGGAACGCUACUUCGUGACCCAACGCAACAAGCAUGAUUCGGCAAUCUGGCGUCCCGCGCUCCCUCAGGUGAUUCAGUGGAGUUCCGCUAUCGGCCGGGCGCUGAGCUUCCUGCACGACCGUGACGUGGUCCACCGAGAUCUCAAGCCACUGAACCUGCUGCUGACCAAGCAUUUGGAGAUCAAGGUGUCUGAUUUUGGCAUCAGUCGGUUGAUGGCUCGGGAGUGCGACGGAUACUCGAUGACGGGCGGGAUUGGCAGCUAUCGGUACAUGGCGCCUGAGGUUGUGAGAUACCAGGCUUAUGACCAGAAGGUGGACAUCUAUGCGUAUGGCCUCAUCAUGUACUUCAUGAGCUCCGGCAGAACUCCUUUCCACCAGCUAGGCUCCGACCCGGAGGUCAUCUUGCAGCAGUACCAGCGAGGAAAGGAGCCACGGCCCGUUCUGCUCGACUGCCCUGCCAAGCUGCGCCCCAUCAUGGCGGCUGCAUGGCAUGUCACGCCUGCCGAGCGCCCGUCUGCCCAGGAUGUUGUGGACAGCUUGGACACGGUACCAACUUCGGCAUCCUGCGUUCCAUGUGCUCAGAUGUAA